ACUACACCGAUGCUUCUUCCUCGCCUAGUUUUCUGCCGUCUACCUUAUCUUUACCUGGCUUCAGUCAUGAUGAUAUUGAUGGUGUUGAUUUCCUCCCACCGACUCCCCCUGAAGCUCCCGACUCCGAUUUGUCUACCCCUGGCGGCCCAUCAUUGGGCUCUACUGCAUCUCCAUCAACUUCACCACAACUCCCGUCCAGCUCCCACGGUUCUGCGUCCCCCUCCUCACCUGCCUCUACCUCGCCGUCCAGUUCUGCCGCGUCAACCUCGUCCCCAGGCGCGCCCACAUCAGCAACGCCAACCUCGUCCCCAGGCUCGCCCACAACAGCAGCUCCUUUACCUCGUCACUCCACUCGAUCCACGAGAGGUAUUCCCCCGCCUAAGUUUAAUGAUUAUGUUGCUCAUGGGGUGGAUGCAUUUCUUGUCCCAACUCGUUUUAAGCAAGCUCAAGGAGAUCCGGUUUGGGAUUAUGCAAUGAAGAAAGAGUUGGAUGCUUUGCAUGCCAACAAUACUUGGACCCUGGUUCCUCGACCUCCUCCUUCUACAUCUGUUGUUGGCUGCCGUUGGGUGUACACAAUUAAAAUGAAUCCUGAUGGUACAAUUGAGCGUCAUAAGGCCCGAUUGGUUGCUCAGGGAUUUACACAGGAAAUGGGGAUUGAUUACAGUGAGACGUUUGCACCGGUGGCCAAGAUGUCUACUGUUCGCACGUUAUUGGCUGUUGCUUCUCUAUAGAAUUGGCCCCUGUAUCAGUUAGAUGUGAAAAAUGCGUUUCUUCACGGGGAUUUGGAUGAAGUUAUUUAUAUGGAACGACCUCCCGGGUAUACUCUUGGUACUGCUGAUCAGGUUUGCCGUCUUAAUCGUUCAUUAUAUGGUCUUAAACAGGCGCCCCGUGCCUGGUUCGAGAAGUUCCAGGCUACUAUCACUGCUCUUGGUUAUAAGCAGAGUUUAAAUGAUCCUUCUCUCUUUACCAAGAAGACCUCCUCUGGUCUGGUUGCCUUGCUGCUUUAUGUUGACGAUAUGGUUAUCACUGGGUCUGAUCCUGCCGGUAUUCAGAGUUUGAAGGAUGGUCUUGGUGCGGCCUUUAAUCUUAAGGACCUUGGUGAUCUGUCUUAUUUCCUUGGUCUUGAGGUUACUCGUAAUGCCAAGGGGCUCCUGUUGAGUCAGCGUACAUACAUCUCCGAUCUGCUAUCUGAUCAUCAGUUUCAUGACUGCAAGCCUGUUUCUACACCGAUGGAGCCUAAUCUUCAUCUCAGUCGUUCUUCUGGUUCUCCUCUCCCCGAUGCUGCUGCUUAUCGGAGUAUUGUUGGGAGUCUGAUAUAUCUUGCUGCUACUCGCCCCGACAUUUCUUAUCCUGUGCAGGUGGUGAGUCAGUUCAUGGCAUCUCCCUGUACUGAUCAUUUGGCUGCAGUUCAUCGUAUCCUGCGCUAUCUUCAGGGCACUCGUGAUGUAGGCAUGUUUUUCCCUUCCUCUGGUGCGUUGGCUCUUCGUGCUUACUCCGACUCUGAUUUUGCGGGCUGUUUCGACACUCGUCGUUCUACUACUGGCUGGGCAGUGCAAUUUGGUUCUGCCUUUAUUUCAUGGCGUUGUAAGAAGCAAGACAAGGUCUCCAAGUCCUCCACCGAGGCUGAAUACAGGGCCAUGUCUGACGUUGCUUCUGAACUUGUUUGGCUACGUCGUCUCCUUCGUGAUCUCGGUGUUCUCUGUCCUCUUCCUAUGGAUCUGUUCGUGGAUAACACCAGUGCUAUUCGGAUUGCCGUCAAUCCUGUUCUUCAUGAUCGCACCAAGCAUAUCGAAAUUCAUGUUCACUAUAUACGCGAUCUUGUUGGGGAUGGUACCAUUACACUUCACUAUGUUCGCACAGAAGAUCAGGUUGCUGAUGUUUUCACGAAGGCCUUCUCCAAGAGUCGUCAUUGGUAUCUCUCGAGCAAAUUGAUGCUUUGCGAUCAGCAUCAAUUUGGGGGAGGCUGUUAGCAGAUGUUAAUUAGUGGGUUAAUGUUGUUGGGUUAAUGGUUCUUUGUUUGUAGUUAUUAGGCCCAUUAAUUCUGCUCAUUUACGUUAGCCCAUGUAACCCAUGCAUGGACACCACGUUAGUUGUGGAUGGUGAUCCUAGGGUUCGGCUAGGGUUUCCCUUCCUCUUGUAGAGGUAACAAAAGACAAUCAAUAAUAUCAGUAGCUAGAAGAGUGUUCAGAGCUCUUCCGUGGAUUAGUCCU